CACGGUUGAACCCACCGGGCUGUGUGCGGAUGCUGCUCAGCGUCGCUCCCCCAUCUCUGCAGCUGAUACUGGGAACCGGUGUGUGUGUGUAUCUGUCUGCGGUGACCACACACCUGCUAGCAGAAAUAAGGGAGUCCCAUUAGGCUGUUGUUUCUAACUCAAACAGUGUGGGGACACAGCACAGACACAGCCCCAGAGAAAAGUGUCACUUAAGCCCAGCUCAGUUCAUCCACAAGUGAUCAUGGCUCCUAAAAAGAGACCAGUGCCCUUAAACAUCGCUCCUGCUAGUGAUGGUUUAUCCACCUCCACCAACACUGAUGUUUCAUCUGAGGCCAAUUUAGAGGCACUUAAAAGAAUAAUGGAAGAGCUGGACCUGGAUGAACAACAGAAGAAAAGGUUAGAAGCUUUCCUCACCCAGAAGGCCAAGGUGGGCGAGUUGAGAGAUGAUGACUUCAAUCGAGUAUGUGAGCUGGGUGCGGGCAAUGGAGGAGUUGUCAACAAGGAAUGUCACAGACCUUCAGGAAUAAUCAUGGCCAGAAAGCUCAUUCAUCUUGAAAUCAAACCUGCUAUCAGAAACCAGAUCAUCCGAGAGCUUCAGGUGCUGCAUGAGUGUAACUCUCCCUACAUUGUCGGCUUCUAUGGAGCAUUUUAUAGUGAUGGAGAGAUCAGCAUCUGCAUGGAGCACAUGGACGGUGGAUCUCUGGACCAGGUGCUGAAAGAAGCAAAGAGGAUCCCUGAAGAGAUUCUGGGCAAAGUUAGCAUUGCUGUUUUGAGAGGCCUUGCGUACCUAAGAGACAAACAUCAAAUCAUGCAUAGAGACGUGAAGCCUUCAAACAUCCUGGUGAACUCCCGUGGGGAGAUCAAGUUGUGUGACUUUGGUGUAAGCGGGCAGCUCAUAGACUCCAUGGCCAAUUCCUUUGUUGGGACAAGAUCUUACAUGUCGCCUGAGAGAUUGCAGGGAACUCACUACUCUGUGCAGUCAGAUGUGUGGAGCAUGGGCCUGUCCCUUGUGGAGCUGUCAAUCGGGCGCUUCCCCAUCCCUCCUCCAGAUGCCAAAGAACUGGAGGCCAUAUUUGGACGGCCCAUCUUGGCUGGUAGUGAAGAAGAGACGCUUAGCACUUCGCCCAGACCCAGACCGCCGGGUAGACCUGUCAGCGGUCAUGGUCCUGCAAUGGCCAUCUUUGAACUUCUAGACUACAUAGUAAAUGAGCCCCCUCCCAAACUACCACAUGGCAUCUUCACCUCUGAUUUCCAGGACUUUGUGACAAAGUGUCUCAUCAAAAAUCCAUCAGAGAGGGCUGACUUGAAAAUGUUGAUGAACCAUAUGUUUAUCAAGCGGUCCGAGGUGGAGGAGGUAGACUUUGCUGGCUGGCUUUGUAAAACCAUGGGGCUGAACCAACCUAGCACUCCCACACGCACUGCAGACUGAACACACUGACCACAUUCACACACACACACACACACACACACACACACACACGUAAAAACA